GCUUUUCGUCUGGUAGAAAAUUUGUUGCUAGGGUUUUAACAGCGUCCGCCGUAUCCAUCCACCACUCUCACGCUCGUCGGACGGAACUGCGAUGGCGGAACAGACAGAGAAGGCUUUCUUGAAGCAGCCCAAGGUUUUCCUUUGCUCGAAGAAGUCGGGGAAGGGGAAGACACCUGGAAAGGGGGGCAACCGUUACUGGAAGAACAUCGGAUUAAUUUAUAAGACACCUCGCGAGGCUAUUGAAGGCACAUACAUUGACAAGAAAUGUCCAUUCACUGGUAAUGUGUCUAUCAGAGGCCGUAUUAUAUCUGGAACCUGCCAUAGCGCUAAGAUGAUGAGAACUAUCAUUGUUCGCAAGGAUUAUUUUCAUUGGGUAAAGAAAUAUCAAAGGUAUGAAAAGAGGCAUUCAAAUAUCCCAGCUCACGUAUCUCCAUGCUUCCGUGUGAAAGAGGGUGACCGUGUCACAAUUGGCCAGUGCAGACCCCUGUCCAAAACAGUGAGGUUUAAUGUUCUUAAGGUGUCACCAGCUGGCUCUUCUUCCGCUCUAGGGAAGAAGUCUUUCACAGGUUUCUGAAGUCUUUCACAGGUUUCUGAGCUUAGGCAACAACCUAUUUAUUUAUUAUCUUUGCAAAUCUUAGAGAAAGAUGAGUUUAGACUUUUUUCUGUUGGAAUAUUUGCCUUGACGGCCUUUCAAUUUUCUACUCCGGCUAUUUUUUUAUCCUCUAUUAACUAGUUUUUCGAAUUUCAUUAUUUUUGUUUGGGAUUUGCAAUUGUUGAACCAACAUGCAAAGCUUUUUUGGGUUUUUGUUUUCUUCCAUUUUUGUAGUAUGCAAUUUUUAAAAGAUGUUUUGAACAUUAUAAUACAUGCCAAUAUUAUUGAAUUUGAUAUU